AUGUAUAUGUUGUAUGUGGUGGUUCUGGAUGCAGACAUGAUAAAAAAGAUUGAAAAACAAAUCUAUAACUUUUUAUGGAAUAACAGUUUCCAACCAUUAAGUAGAAAGAUAUUGCGUAACAAUGAAUUGAAUGGAGGAUGGAAGAUUUGGGAUUUGAGUAUCUUGGGAAAUGCUCUUAAGAUGUCAGUUAUGAUGAACAGUCUGCAGACGAAAGAUCACUCGGUAUGGUACUUGGCGCAAUAUGUGUUGGGGUCGAUAGCUAAGAUGAUCACCCGAAUAGAGGGAAGUUUUCCAUUUAUAGUUAAUGCAAAUAAAAGAUAUAAAAAAUGGAGAAGAGAUAUUGAUAAGGUAUUAAAUGAAAAACCACAGUGGAUAGAGAGUAAUGUAAAAAUGAGACCAGGGAGUAUAUAUGGUAUACUUUAUGAACAGUUUGAGAAUGAUAGAAUGAGGGCAUCAGUUUAUGAUUGGAAGAAAGUAUGGUUAAAUGUGAGUGUCCUUCCAGCCGAGUGGCGUGAAAUAUCCUGGAGGCUUCUACAGAUUAUCAUCAUGAAUAAAGAAUAUUUGAGAACUCACCAUGGAGGAAGGGAUGAAAAUUGCCCAAGAUGUGGUGACAAGGAAUCAAACCUGCAUUUAUUUUGGGUCUGUCCCACGGUAAUUUCAGUAUGA